UUCCAUGCUUUUCAAUAUCCCUCAGAUUCAUAAAAGAAUGACAACGUGAUGCAGAUACUGAACGCUGGCCAGCAACAACAUUUGCAAGACUACUUCGAAAAAAAUAUGGGACAAGUGCUCUUGGAAGAAAAUGUGUUUGAGCGAACAUUGGACGUAUACCAAGUCGUACUUGCCCAAAUUGAAAAAGAUCCACUUCGACUGGCACGCAAGCGACGGGAUCUCUCUCAGGCAAUUCUAGAUCAACAAGCAUUCAUUGUACAAGUUCAAAACUGCUUGUCUUGUGCUGAAUACAACUCCAUUCUCACUAAUGCUGACAAAAUAAUGGCCAUGCAUAAAGUCACUUCAGAGGAGUUGCAAUUUCAAUCUAUACUUGACGCUGUCUUCUCACCUCACAGUUCGCAUGCUGCUCGUGACCCAGACGCUAACCAGUUCUCUACCGCACUGGAAAGACAAAACACACAUUCAACCGGUGUUUCUAUGGAGGAAUUGCUUUUCCUCAAUGAUUCGAUCAAAGGUAUCGCAUGCGAUCUACCUAUCACUCCGUCUUCAUCACCAGCCUCUGCGAAAGUACCAUAUUCAACCGAUGAGGAACGAUGGCAAGCCGUGUUAAACCAUGAACGAGCAGCCGACGGUCACUUCGUAUAUUGUGUGAGGUCAACGGGUAUAUUUUGCCGCCCAACCUGUCCUUCCCGCCGACCUCUUUUAUCCAAUGUUUUAUUCUACUCGAACAAUCCAGAGGCUGAAAAUGCUGGAUUUCGACCUUGCAAGAGAUGUAAACCGCAAGAUCUAAUCUUACCAAGCGAUCUACGGCAACUGACAGCUGUUGAGUUGGUCAAGAAGGAAAUUGAGGAGGCAGCAACGCAAGGUAUGAAGCAACCUUCUCUACGGUACCUAGCCAAUAAAGCUGGUAUGAGUAGUUUCCACUUCCACAGAGUGUUCAAAGCCCGAACCGGUUUAACUUUGGAUGAGUAUCGGAAACUGAUGUUCGGACAGAAGGAGUCUGCAGCGUAAAUACUUAUAAACAACAACAUGCUGUAGAUAUGAAGUAGGCUACCAUUAUAUUUCGGAUUGUGGAUCCCUGUCUUGUUACCAUAUUUCUGUGUUGAUAACAACCAGUAUACUUGGGAUCAGCACUUAGACGAAAUACAACUGGCUUAUAAUACUUCCGUACACUCUUCUACUUUGUUCUCUCCGUUCUCUUUAGUAUAUGGACGAGAAGCUCGUACUCUGGCUCAUGUUGAUACCACAAUUUCAAGGUCAAGUUCUGAAACUGUAUUGCGACAACAUGACCACCAUCGCAUACAUCAACAAAUUUGGGGAGACGAACUCACCUAUGUUGUUGGAAUUGGCU